UCUGCUGCAGUUCCACCCCCAUCAUCUCCAUAUUAUUAGAGAGAGACAGAAGCUGAGAGCACAGUCUGAGGAGGAGAGAGAAGACAAAACACGGAGAUACUCUAUACAUAAUUAUUCUCCUGGAUUUACACAUUUUUCUUUUUUACUUUGGAUGUACACAUGAUUUCCUUUCGUUUCUAGGAUCUACAUAUUUGCCUUCUUCUUUAAUCUUCCUUCUCUGGUCUUCUGCAAAAUGUCGGACAGAACAAUGGCGCGGCAAGUACUGCUGUUUAUUUGGUUUCUCUCUCUCAGUUCAGCUCUCGGGCAGGUCAGUUACUCCAUUCCUGAGGAAAUGGCCAAAGGCUCUUUAGUCGGGAACAUAGCGCAGGAUUUGGGUUUAGAUUUAAAGAGGCUGAAAUCGGGGAAAGCGCGGAUUUAUACAGGAGACAGCGCUGAAUACAUCGAGCUGAAUAAAGAAAGAGGAGUCCUCCUUAUCAAAGAGAGAAUAGACCGAGAGGCGCUGUGCGGACAGACAACGCCUUGCGCGCUGCAUUUACAGAUUAUACUUGAAAACCCAAUGGAAUUUUACUCGGUUACAGUCGAAGUUACAGAUGUAAAUGAUCAUUCGCCUUUUUUUAAAAUGACUGAGAUGAUAUUCAGAAUAAGUGAGUCAGCUGUAACUGGAGCAGUGUUUGUUUUAGAGAGAGCAAUAGAUUUAGACGUCGGAGUAAACGGCCUGCAAACAUAUACAUUAAAGCCCACAGAUAAUUUUUCUUUAAAACUGCAAAGUCAGGGAGAUGGAGGUAAACUCAUAGAAAUGAUUCUUCAGAAACCCCUUGAUCGCGAAAAACAAGAACAUUUGUCUCUGGUUUUGACAGCGAUAGAUGGAGGAGAUCCACAGCUGUCUGGUACUGCACAUAUCCAUAUUACUGUGCUGGAUGUGAACGAUAAUGCGCCUGUUUUUUCGCAGAAAAUUUACAAAGCCACCAUUAAAGAGAAUGCUCCUAAAGGAACAAUUGUAACGACAGUAAGUGCAUCUGACCUAGAUGAAGGCUUAAAUAGCAAAAUAAGGUUUUCAAUCAAAAAUACACUCGACGACUUAUUGAAAUUGUUUGAAAUUAAUGAAGCAAACGGUGAAGUGAGAGUGAUAGGGACUGUAGAUUACGAGAAAGCUCGGCAUUAUCAAAUUCACGUACAAGCAAGCGAUGACGGGGGUCUGACUGAUUCUUGCAAAAUCGAUGUGGAUGUGAUUGAUAUGAAUGACAAUACACCCCUCAUAAGUAUUAUGUCUAAAUUAACUACCAUAACUGAAAACUCUAAUUAUGGCACAGUUGUAACAAUGAUAAACGUCCAAGAUCCAGACGCGGGAGAAAAUGGUAAAAUGUAUUGUUCAGUUAACGAAAAUCUUCCUUUUACAUUAAAGUCGACAAAUACUAAUUUCUUCAGUUUAGUCACUGAUGGAGAUUUAGACCGCGAGCGAGAGUCUGAGUAUAACAUCAGUGUGACGUGUGCUGAUGAGGGCGUGCCCUCUCUCUCCAGCAGCGUCACUCUCUCCUUACAGAUAUCAGACGUGAAUGAUAACGCGCCUGUCUUUGAGCAGAGCUCAUAUCAGGCCUCUGUUCAAGAAAACAACACACCUGGUCUUUCCAUAUUCACAGUCAGAGCCAGAGACGCAGAUUUUAACCAGAACGCCCGUGUGUCCUACAUACUGGAGGACUCGUCGGUUAACGGAGUGCCCGUCUCCUCGUUAGUGUCCGUUAGUGCUGAUAGUGGAGUCAUACAUGCAGUGCGAUCUUUCGAUUACGAGCAGAUCAAAGAGUUCCAGUUCCGCGUAAAAGCGCAGGACGGAGGCUCUCCUCCUCUCAGCAGCAACGUGAGCGUCAAAAUCCUGAUUCAGGACCAGAAUGACAACGCGCCUCAGGUUCUGUAUCCGGUCCAGUCAGGCGCUUCUGUGGUGGCUGAAAUAGUGCCUCGUUCGGCAGAUGUGGGUUAUCUGGUGACUAAAGUGGUGGCUGUUGAUGUGGACUCUGGACAGAAUGCCUGGCUCUCCUAUAAACUGCACAAAGCCACAGACAGGGCGCUGUUUGAAGUGGGCGCACAGAAUGGAGAAAUAAGAACUGUCCGGCAAGUGACAGAUAAAGAUGCUGUCAAACAAAGACUCACUGUUGUAGUGGAGGACAACGGGCAGCCCUCUCGAUCAGCUACAGUCAGUGUUAACGUGGCGGUGGCGGACAGCUUCCCUGAGGUGCUCUCGGAGUUCCCCGACUUUACGCACGACAAGGAAUACAACGACAACCUGACUUUCUAUCUCGUCUUGGCCUUGGCUGUAGUGUCGUUUCUCUUUAUCGUGUCCAUCAUCGCCAUACUGUCAGUCAAAUGCUACAGAUGGAGACGCGAGCGGAUGUUUUAUAAGUCUGGAGCGAAUCUUCCGGUUAUUCCGUAUUAUCCGCCUCUUUACGCAGAUGUAGGAGACAGGAACUUUACAGCACGUGUACAAUUAUGAGGUUUGCAGAACCACUGACUCCAGAAAGAGUGAUGUGAAAUACGGCAGACCUUGCAGUGAGAGCAUCAUUAGUCUGGACACCAGUGG